UCGUAACCCAAAUCAUCAUGACAGCAUGGUCGUCUACAUCCUACGAUCUCUGCAUAAGAAACCUAUAUUUUUUUCGUAUUAUAAACGCCAACAGGUAUUAUCUACUGGAGCAGAAUGGCAGCACUCUCCCGUCUCGACCGCUUCACGGCAGCAAUGGAAUCCAUCUAUGGCAGCCUCACGACCGUUGAUCCGCACACCUGGACGCCACCAGCUGCCUCUGGCGGACACCGCGGACGAUACCUGUGGACCGAUGCUUUUGGGGUUCUCAACCUGUUGACAAUGCAUAAAGAGAAGGGGGCUGCUGCUGCUGCUGCUGCUACAGCACAAGCAACUACAGGAUCAGAUCGAUAUCUGGUUCUGGCGAAACAGCUUGUCCACGCCGUCCACGAAACACUAGGUCGCACACGCGACGGUUCUGCACGCCUACCCGGUGCGUCGGAUGCGAAUCCUCUCGGCGGAGGCUUGCGCAUCGGCAAGCUGGACGCGACAGGCCCGGACGGAGACGGCCAGUACCAUCAUUACCUGACGAUAUGGAUGUUUGCGUUGAAUCGACUGGCGCUGGCGGCGGGGGAACCGAAGUACAAUGCGCAGGCUGUUGCUUUGGCAAAAGCAAUCCAUCCGAAGUUUUUCUUCGGGGGCAGUCAGGCCUCGUCACGCCCGCGACUCGUCUGGAAGAUGGACGUCGAUCUUUCGAACCCGCUGGUUGCCUCGGAGGGGAACCUGGAUCCUAUCGAUGGGUAUGUGGUGUUUCGACUGUUGCAGGAUGCAGCGGAGGGGACUGCGAAGAGUGGAGAGGAAAGUGAGACUCAGGGUCGAGUGCUUGUCGACGAAAUCGCGGAUUACCAGCGCAUCAUGGCACGCAAGGGCGAGCACUUUGUCUCCAGUGACCCGUUGGAUUUGGGGAUGACGCUGUGGACGGCGCACUGGUAUGCUGGAGAGCCGUGGGCGGCGAAUCUAGCGGGGAAGUGUUUCCAACAGAUUUGUAAGUCUUAUCUGAACUUUUGUUCACUUACACUGUUCACGCUGACCUGUAGACUCCCUUUUCGAGGUCAACAACUAUCUCAACCGCAACAUCAAGCACCGGCUUGCCUUCCGUGAGUUCGGCACCUGCGUUGGCAUCCAGUGCCAUGCCGAGCAGGCAACGGACAAGGAACACGCAGUCGACCUCAAGGUAUACGCCGAUGCAAUCCUCGCCUCGUGGACCCCGUACAUGGAAAUCUCGAUGGCCAAGGACUCCAUGCCGGAUGACCUGCGGCCGAUCACCAAGGUGAUGUUUGCGUCGGCGUUGAU